GCGAUCACAACGGUCAUAUCCCUGACCAAAACACAAGUCAGUGAUGGAAGCGAGAGGUUUCUCGUCAGCCAUUCCCAGGUUGAAGAGAGAAGAAUGUAAACGAACAAAACACGAUUCCAACUUCUCUGAUUGGAAGAUUCUCAUUGGCCCUUCAGAUUGGGAGGACUAUUCCAGGGGGAAGGAAGGUUCAGCUAGGUAUAGAAUUCAUAACCUCCCAGACAAAUUGAACCCAGGAGUUUAUGAGCUUGGUAUUGCUGUGUCUCGCAUUGGAUUGGGGCGUAAGGUUUACAAGCUUGAUCCAGACCGUAUUGUUGUGGUUUACCUUGGAAAAGCUGACGAUGUGAGAGCAAGACUCCAACAAUAUGGUCGAACUGGAGCUCAUUUGAGCAAUAACUGCUUAACUUUUGAUCCAGAUGAUAGUAAUCCUGCUUGUACCCAUAAGGGGAAGGGAUUUUUUGAGGAAAUAUUUUCACAAGGCUAUCCAAUUAUUUAUAGAUGGGCUCCUAUGCAAAACAAGGAAGAUGCCAGGAAAACCGAAAGUCAGUUGCUCAAUGUAUUUGAUUAUGCAUGGAACACCAGUAAUAAUGGUACCCGACGCCCAGAUGAUAUUUUGAAGAAGAUUAACAAAGUUGCUUCAGGUCAUACAACAUUUUCAAACAUUGUCAAGGCGCUUCAACCUUCCACCCAGAAGCGAGUGGGUAUCCAAAUCAAAUCAAGUAGCAUGCCUUCCCCCGAUAACAAAUUACAAGAAAUAGACAGAGGCAGCUAUAAUUUCUUAUCUCGAGUAUUUAAAAUUGGCAGAUCAAAUCCAAGGUUAGUUCAAGAUGUCCCGGCCGUCAUUCAGGACACUACGACAAGAUUUUGUGGAGUGGUCUUGGGUGAUGGUUCUGUUUGUAGAAGACCACCAGUUGAAAGAAGAAUGAGGUGUGUGGAACACGAAGGAAUGAGAGUAAAUGGGCCCACUUCGAAAGGGGGAAUGAAAUCAGAGAACAAUCCGGACAUAGAACUCAAUGUGCCCUGUCAUCAGAAGAGCGAAGGCUAUGGUGAGGAACAUGACCCUUUUGCCAUUCAGGACAAUACUGCAAGAUUCUGUGGAGUGGUCUUGGGUGAUGGUUCUGUUUGUACAAGAUCACCAGCUGAAAGAAGAAUGAGGUGCGUGGAACACAAAGGAAUGAGAAUAAAUGGGUUCACUUCGAACAGGACAAUGAAAUCAGAGAACAAUCUAGACUUAGAAUUCAACGUGCCCUGCCAUCUGAAGAGCCAAGGUCAUGGUGAAGAGAUUGUUAGCCAAGAUUUGAAACUUGAGAAUCCCCUUGAUGGUAGAAUUAUUAAUAUAUGUGGAAUCAUUUUAAAUGAUGGCACUCCUUGUAGGAGGCAACCUGUUAACGGGAGAAAAAGAUGUCAUGAGCAUAAAGGGAAGAGAAUCAAUCAUUUUAAUUAGGCCCAUUGCGAUCUAGGAGGACGGAACACAAGAUGACGGGAUGAGCAAACCCAUCGAGGAGUCUUGUAUCACAGUCAAAUGCAUUGACAAGACCUGAUCACUUGUCCCUCCUUCCUCCCCUCCAAUGCUUAUGAUUGCUCCAUCGUUCAAUUUAGGCAGCUUACAUUGAUGACAAGUGGUUUCCCUCGAUGAAAGCAUUUUAGGUGUUGAAGAAGAGGAAGCAAGAAAGCCAUGCUUGGAGACAACGGAAAAAGUUGUUGGGAAGCUUGGAUGUGUUUGGGAAAUGCAGCAAAGGAAAACCUUUUUUGGGUGGAGACCAGAUUGGAUUCCUUGACAUUGCUUCUGGAAGCACCCUGGGCUGACUCAGUGUUAUAGAAACUUUGUAAGGAGGAAAGUUUAUCGUUUAAGCAAAAGCUACUUUUUGGUAAAAUGGGCUGUCAGAUUUCACUUGUUUCUGCUGCAGAGGGGCCUUAUACCUGAAACUAAUAAAUUGAUAUGGCUUUCCAAAUUCCUUCAUAUCGCAAAGAGCUGCAAUUGCUAAGAAGUAGAAUUUUCGAUUUUUGGAGGAUCCAUUGAUGUAGCUGCUGUUUUGGGUUUUGUUGAUUCUGGCCUUGCCUUGAUUUGAUAGUUGCAGCUGGUAUCAAUGCGUCUGAUUUAAUCUGAAAAAUUGCCACUGAGGGUGGAGUUGAAUUUGAUGAGGUACCUGCAGUAGUUGUAAAUGGUUUGAAUUCGUUUGGCGCAGUCACUAUUUCUGAAGGAGUGCAUGCACUGAUUGCUAUGACUUCAGUUUUCAUUAUGUCUGACGUGACCCUGGAAGCACACAAAUUGAAGCAUGUGCCACAAUGCUCAAGGGUUGAGUCAGGGUAGGAACAAGCCAGGAUAGGUCAAGCUUUGCCCAAAUAGGACUUAGUCCCACUGUAGUAAAGUCUA